GGAGACGUCAUGCCGGUUGUUAUUUACUGGCUCGGUCCACAUGCCACAGGGCAUGGAUGGAUAGCAUUUGCUCAAAGGGCAUUCGUGUUGUAAACAUAGAUCCCUGCGCUGUCUCAGAAUUUACUCUGGAGAAGUUGCUGGUGAAGAAUAAAGUGGAACAGUGGCGCGUGGUUGUUGACUUAGAAGACUGCAGCAUUACGAGCACCCCAAUAGGCAUUCUGAAGCAAGUUUGUGACACGCUGACUGAUGACUUCCUGGCGUCAGUUAAUCAGAAUCAAAUUGAAGAAAGAUACGGGGGCACAUGUUCCAAUGUCAAGGACUUUUCUUGGCCAGUGAUGCCGCCCGGCCCUUUUGGAUGCUAG